GUGACUUGCAGGAAUUCUACCUUCCAUUGACGGCCUUCUCAUUGGAGCCACAUGCGAAGAAAGUGGGUCACGUGACAAGUGAGAAGCAGAGCCCGUCACCGCUGGACUUCUUGGGAGCCAUCAGCGAGGCUGUAGUGUUGGAAAAGCAACUGGCCAAAGGAGGAGCUUCGAAAGCGCUCAAAGACCUGAUCUUCAAGGUUUGCGCUUCUUACAAUGCGCUGUGCACCAUCCGAAAGCACAGAAUAGACACUCAGCGGAAGGCGCUCAUCUACAACUUGAGCUUGGACAAUGAUCUCGGGAAUGUGAUCAAGGCUGGCAUCAACAAUGCCUUCGAUUGGGGCAGGAAUCCAUUCAUACUUGAGAUUCGUGGACAAGCGGUCGAAGAGUUCAUUGCUUCUGCACAAGACCGGAGCCGGAACGCACAUGAGAAGUCCAUCCAAGCUGCAUUUUUGUCGCGGGCAGAAAGUCUAAAGGCUGACCAAGUUCUUUUCGACUCAAAUCGGCUUCUGGGUGAGAAGGAAAGUGCAAAGCGAAGAAGCAAGUUGGUGAGUCAGCUUGAGGCAUUGCAUACUCGUGCGUGGGAGCUCGUUGGUGACUAUUUGAGGACAAACAUGAGAGUCUUUUCUGGUAAGGCUGUGGAGGCGGAAAGCACUGUGCUUCCAAGCAUCACGUCUUGGAUCGAAGAGACACUACAUGAGAUCCCAGAAGUGAGGUCUUCAGAGGACCAUGGACUGGUGAUUUGGGUGAACCUACCAUCCGCUGGGAUUUUGACAGUGAACCGUUACGAGUACGUUGUGACUUCAGUCACAAACCUCCUGGCCAUCUACCGCAAGAAUGGCAUCGCCUUGCUGAUUCACCCGAAUCGAGCCUCUCAGUACGCUGAAAGGACUCCAUUUCAGGUCAGUCAAGUAUCUUUAGUCAAGACUGAGACAAAGGAUGAGUCUGGUGAUGAAGAUAUGGGAAAGCAAGAAGAUGGUGAAGGCUUAAACAUCGUUUGCGGCAGCGUUGUCCUGGACAGUGGGCCUCAAGAGCUCACACAGCGAAUUUCCAACGCUGUGUACGAAUCGUGCAGAUCCGGGGCCAUUCAACUGAGGGGAUUCCCUGACUACGCCCCUCUCAUCAAAGCCCUACGUGAUGAGACAGCACCGAAGCAAGACGUGACCUACAAAGUCUGCGCAGCUAGGGGGGAGAAGUUGGUCAAGCUAGGCGUUUCGCAUCACACCUUGACUGACGCCCGGGAUGGGGUAUCCUUGGACAAGACCUUGGUGUUUGCCUUGGACGCGCUUAAAGACGAUGAUGAAAAGAAGAAGAAAAAAGAAGAAGGACAAGUCUACGUUGACCAGCACCAGCUUUGGCUCUGUGCUGAACAUCAGUUCUUUCAAGAACUGUGA